AAUUUAUAAGCAGUGAUUAGUCUUAUUUCUGAUUUUUAAAAUCUAUGCCGAAAUAAUUUUCAAAAUAUGCCACGCCAGAAAGAUGCGCGACCUCGGCGCCAACCGAACCAAGAGAACGAACCUGAUUCCGGCCAUGCUUCAUCAUCCACAUACCAGAGCGCAGCAGCAGCUCGUCCACGGCGGUCAUUUUCCGAAGACCAAAGAUCCUCAAGCGGGGCGACCCGAAGUGGAGCAGGUGUUUCGAGAAGAUCUAGAUCUGAAGAAAGGCGUCCGCGAACCCAAAUCAGAGCCCUACGAGAAAUAGCGCAUCUCCAGCGGUCAACCAAUCUGCUGAUCCCGAAGUUACCGUUUGCGCGUCUGAUUCGGGAAGUUCUCAUGUCUUAUAAUGACCAUGCUUUGCGAGUAACACCAGAAGCACUAAUGGCCUUGCAAGAAUCCGCUGAGUUGUACAUUGUGCAACUAAUGGAGGAUGCCUAUCGCUGUACGAUUCAUCGGAACCGGGUUACACUGAUGCCGAAGGAUAUUAAUCUCGCUUUGUAUAUCAGAGAGAGGUGGUGA